GCCGUACCGUCUACAACAGUGGUCACUACAGUCCCACUGUCCAGCCAGGCCCAGGUUAGUUUGCAACAGCCUGUUUCAGUGGCUAUGCAGCCGCUGCAUCAAGCACCUGGGCCCAUGCAACCGAUGCAGUGGAUGCCCAAGAUACCUCUAAUGAGUCCCAAGCCUUUCUCUGGAGACAAGAAGAGGGAGGAAGACUUGGACACCUGGGUGAGGACUGUGCCUACUUAUGUGAGGCACAAGCUCACAAGGCCAGAACAGGAAGUGGUAAUGGCUGCCUCCUUUUUAGAAGGAUCAGCAGCCUGCUGGUUGAAUGGCUUGGUCCAGCAACAGGGCUACGGUCAAGAUUUCGAUGCCUGGGCUCAGUCUCAGACAUUGGAACAGUUCGUACGAUCCGUCUACAACAGGUGGAAUGACCCGCAAGGGGCUCAAAAGGCCACCGAUGCUAUCAACAACCUUUGUUCUCGUAGGUUCAAGGAUGUUAUAGAGCUUACAGACACCGUAGAACGCCUUCUCGUGGUACCUGGUGUGCGUUUUGACCCGCAGGUUCUCCUAACGGAUUACCUAAGGUGCCUACCUACAGAGGUAAGGACCAAGCUGGUUGAUGAGGCCUAUAUCGACCAGCACACUUUUGCUUCUUUUAGUAAGAAAGCACUGCACAUAGAGGCAAAGCUAGGAUCUGCGCAUAAGGCAUCCAAUGAUGGUAGGAAGAGACUGCCCCAAGAUUGGAAGAAAAAGGGUCAGUUAAUGUUCGUUGACCACAAUGGUCAAACGACGGAGAUUGACGACUACUUAGAUCUUGGGGAGUUCACAGAGCACGAUGGGGGUGGUGAGACUUCAGAUGGUGGAGUCGUGGCACCCAUCAAAGAAAAGGCUAGGGGGACCGGGAAGAAGAAGGUAGUACGGUCCACGGGUCAGGGCGACCAAGGAACACCCGCAUGGGUGAAGAUUGGUUUAGAAUACGAGGUGUGGCGUGACCGCGUUGCUAGGGGUACAUGCAUGAACUGUGGCAACUUUGGCCACACGUCCAGGACUUGCCGCGGCAAGAAAGUCACAACGAAGGUAGCCUCCCCAACGGUGGUGGGCUUACCUUCGAACCCUGGGAGUGCUUCUGCGAGCAGCUCACAGGGAAACACCUCGGGCCAGUACGGUCUGUACGAGUUUGUGGUGAUGCCUUUUGGCCUAUGCAAUGCGCCUGGUACGUUCCAGCACGCGAUGAAUAGGAUCUUUCAUGACUACUUGGAGAAGUUUAUCGUCGUGUACCUCGACGAUAUUCUCAUCUUCAGUAGGACUGUAGAGGAGCACGUUGAGCACUUGAAAAUAGUGCUAGGUCUCCUAAGACAGCACCAGUACAAGGUAAACUUGGAUAAAUGCGAGUUUGGUCGCACCAAGAUCUUGUACUUGGGUCAUGAAAUUUCAGCAGAUGGAUUGAGGCCGGAAGAUGCGAAAGUGGCCAGCAUACGUGACUGGCCCAGACCUCAAACUGUUACUGAGGUCAGAUCAUUUUUGGGGAUGACGGGCUACUCUCGUCCGUUUGUGAAAAACUAUAGUACUAUAGCUUCCCCAUUGACAGAUCUUACUCGACUUGACACCCCUUGGGAGUGGACUGAAGAGUGUGAGGCAAGCUUCAAGCAAUUGAAGUAUGCUCUAACACACUAUGAAGUUCUCAAACUUCCCGAUCCUGACAAGCCGUUUGUCGUGACAACAGACGCCAACAAAUAUGGCAUUGGCGCCGUCCUUGCGCAACAGGAGGGGCCAAAGUUGAGACCGAUCGAGUAUAUGAGUAAGAAGAUGCCUUCCAAGAAGCUAGCUGCGUCCACUUAUGAAAGAGAGCUCUACGCCCUAUAUAGAGCGCUAGCUCAUUGGCGACAUUACCUCCUAGGGAGAUUUUUCUAUGUGAGGUCUGACCAUGAGACUAUGCGCUGGAUUAAGACGCAGUCUGACGCACUCAAGAGAUGGAUUCAAGUGAUAGAUAUGUAUGACUAUCAACUUGAUCCUAUCAAAGGUCCGUACAACAAAGUGGCAGAUGCGCUGUCAAAAAGGGCAGACUAUCUAGGCGCACUAGUAACUGAAUUCGGCAUAUCUAAUGAUCUUACUCGAUCGCUGGUGGAAGCCUAUCAGGGAGAUACAGUUAUGUCAGAGAUCAUUCGUAGAUUCCAAGCAAAGGACAAGAAGACUUUGGACGAAUUUACCAUGGUAGAUGGCUUGUUGUUCCUUGAAAAGGCAGGGUUUAAAAGACUAUGUGUCCCAGAUAGUGAGUCUUUGCGUAGUUUAUUUUUAGGAGAAUGUCAUGAUGUUGUAGGUCAUUUUGGUUAUAAGAAGACAUCAGCAAACUUAGUACAGAAGUUUUGGUGGCCUUCUAUGAUGAAGGAUGCAAAACUGUAUGUYGAGACUUGUCAGGUUUGUCAAAGAGACAAACCCAGGACUCAGGCUCCGCUUGGGCUGAUCAAGCCCUUGCCGAUCCCUGAAGGUCCAGGUCAGAGUGUCUCCAUGGAUUUUAUGGACACUCUUGUSACCAGCAAAACCGGCAAACGACACAUAUUCGUCAUAGUAGAUCGCUUUACUAAGUAUGYCARACUUAUCGCUAUGYCGGAGAYARCAAAGACAGAUCACGUCAUCAAACUGUUUAUGGAUAACUGGGUAAGGGAUUUCGGUCUACCUACGUCUAUCGUAAGUGACAGGGAUGUAAGAUUUACCAGCGAACUGUGGCAGUCUACAGUUGAACAGAUGGGAACCAAACUCCAGAUGAAAUCAGGGAAUCAUCCUGAGUCAAAUGGACAGGCAGAACAGAUGAACCGAGUGGUACAGCAUUUGCUGCGGCACUACAUCAAGCCAAGUCAGGAUGACUGGGACGAGAAGUUACCUCUCGUCGCCAGCCUGUAUAAUAACGCAGUGCACAGUGCUACCGGAAUGACUCCCAACCAACUGCAUCUUGGUUGGAAGCCUAGAACUGCCUUGGACUUCUUACUACCGGAAAGAGAAUCCACUGCAGCACCUGGCAGCAUAGAGUUUGUUGUUAAGUAUGAACACAUGCUGCAGCAAGCCAUAGAGCACAUUAGAAAAGCUCAAGAUGCAAUGAUAGCAUCUGAGAAUAAGCAUAGACGGCCUUCUAAUUUCCAGCUGAAAUCGGCCCCAUUACCGAGAGCUGCCGUGCUGCUAUGGCUUCUCUAUGAAGGCCACCCCGUCCGCGGUGUGGCUGGCGGAACGAGGCAUGCAGAUCUCUCUGCAAUGCAGCAGAUGCAAGGGGCCGUACGAAUCAACCACGCACCUCUGGCUCACAUGCCCCGUCUGCUCGUAUAUGGGACUGGUGGAGAGUACAGUGGGAACGCAUCGGUGGUCCAGAUUUCCCUUGGGAUGAACAAUGGAUUCUACUUGGAGGAGUCCCGGAGGAACUUCCACUGCAUAAGGGUUGCGGCUACACUACUCAGGCAUUGAGAGCCUGCCUGUCAUUGGUGGUAUGGGAAGUGAGGAACAAAUUUGUUUUUGCAGG